UUGUUUUUCGCCCCAACUUUCCCCGUUUUCCUGCCUUUCACUCAACAGUGUCUCCCCGAAAGCGCUGAUCUCCAUUAGAGAGAGAGAGAGCGAUCGAGGCCGAGAUGAGGCCUUCCACCGUCUCCGUUACUCUCCUCCUCCUAAUUCCCCUUCUCUCAAUUCUCCCCGUAUCGUUGCCAUUGCCGGUCUCCUCGGCGAGGAGGAGCCCCCGGUUCUUGGGGGACUUCGCCUUCUCGCGCCCCGAUCCCUCCCGGCACCGGAAGGCGUCAUACCAGUACGAGACGCGCUACUUCCAGCAGCGGCUGGACCAUUUCAGCUUCGCGGAGCUGCCGUCCUUCCAGCAGCGCUACCUGGUUGGCCCCUCGGACCACUGGGCCCGUCCCGCAGGCCCCAUCUUCUUCUACUGCGGCAACGAGGGCGACAUCGAGUGGUUUGCCUCCAACACCGGCUUCGUCUGGGAGAUCGCCCAUCUCUUCUCUGCCCUAGUCGUCUUCGCCGAACAUCGUUACUAUGGAGAAUCCAUGCCGUAUGGCAGCAAAGACAGAGCAUACGAAAAUGCCGGGUCCUUGUCAUACCUCACUACCGAGCAAGCUCUUGCCGACUUCGCGGUGCUACUCACCGACCUGAAGCGGAACUUGUCGGCGGAGGACAGCCCUGUCGUGCUGUUCGGCGGAUCAUAUGGUGGAAUGAUGGCUGCUUGGAUGAGGCUGAAGUACCCGCACAUUGCCGUUGGCGCACUUGCUUCCUCGGCGCCGAUUCUUCAAUUUGAAGAUAUCGUUCCACCGGAGACGUUCUAUGACCUUGUUUCCAGUGAUUUUAGACGUGAAAGUGUGAGCUGCUUUAAGGCCAUAAAGGAGUCUUGGAAUGCAUUGGAAGAUCAAGGGCAGGGGCGCGAUAAUCUAGUUAAUCUGAGUAGGAAAUUCUGCUUGUGCCGGGACCUGAAUAAUACAACAGAACUUUCAAACUGGUUAAGUUCAGCCUACAGCUAUCUGGCCAUGGUGGAUUACCCGUAUCCUUCUGAUUUUCUGAUGCCUUUGCCUGCAAACCCUAUAAAAGAGGUAUGCACAAAAAUUGACAGUUAUCCUGAUGGGACUGAUCUCCUGGAUCGUAUUUUUGCUGGAGUAAGCGUCUAUUACAAUUACACUGGAACUGUUGAUUGCUUUGAUUUAGAGGAUGAUCCUCAUGGCAUGAGUGGUUGGGAUUGGCAG